AUGGGAUAUCAAAAAACCUUAGCACCGAAAACUACCUCUAGCAACAGCAGUAGCUGUAGCGGCAUCAGAAACAACUUCGAAUAUCCUUCCUCCUUAAAACGACGAUUAAAAUCAGGAGGGAUGAAGGUCCUAAUUAUUGGAAAUCUUGCAAUCGAAGAUGUUACCGAGAGGCCAUAUACAGGAAUAUUUAAUUUCAAACAUCAUGAUGAUUUAUUAUUGGAAAUUGGAGAUAUUGUUUUGUACUACGAUGCGGCUAAAGAUAAACAAUGGCCAGGCAAAUUAAACCCUAAAUGGAAAGGACCAUAG